GCUGAGACAGUCGCCUGUCGUUGCUGUGUUGUUGUUUCCGGGACGGACGGACGGACUCGCGCCAUGCUGCAGGUGUACCUGGACCUCAUGUCGCAGCCGUGUCGCGCGCUGCACAUCCUGCUCACCUGCACCGGCAUCCCGCACCAGGUCCGCACGGUGGCGCUGCGCAAAGGAGAACACAGAACCGCAGAGUUCACCGAGCUGAACCCGAUGAACAGAGUUCCAGUGGUGGUGGAGGACGGCUUCACCCUGACCGAGAGUGACGCCAUCCUGAAGUACCUGGUCACCAAGUACAACGUUCCGGAGCACUGGUAUCCACGGCAACCGGAGAGACGGGCGCGAGUGGACGAGUACACCGCCUGGCACCACAGCAACACCCGGCCGCACGCCGCCAGGGUCUUCAUCCUGGAGGUUCUGCUCCCGGCCCAGACGGGUUCUCCGGUGGACCAGGACCGUUUGACCCGGGCUCUGGCGCAGCUGGAGGAUACCCUGGACCGGCUGGAGAACAUGUUCCUGCGGCGCCAGCCGUUCCUGUGCGGCGACGACGUGUCGGUGGCCGACCUGCUGGCCGUGUGCGAGCUCAUGCAGCCGCUGGGCGGGGACAGAGACGUGCUGAAGGACCGCCCUCAGCUGCGGCGCUGGAGGAGCCGCGUUCAGGCGGCGGCGGGCGACGCCUUCGACCGCGCGCACGCCGUCCUGUACGCCCUGAGAGACCGCCGCCGCGCCCGGCUGUGACGGGGCGGGGCCAACACGGGGAGGGG